AAUGAUUACAAACUUUCAAAUGCGUGCCUCAAUGCCUCAAGAAACACCUUGUUCGUUACAUAACGAGAUAUAAGGAAAUCCAAGAUGUUUUACAUAAAUAUGUUGUUUUAACUAAUUUUCAUUCCGUAUAUAACUAAAGAACCGCAAUAUGCUAGUAUUCAAAUACUAGCGCUUUUAUCUUCAAGUGGUCGUCUUCACUAUGAAACAUACAAGAUCUAUUCUUAGAGUCUCAUCUCUAUCAGUUUUCUUUUUUCUAGUUCUGUGAAUUCCUCUGUGACGUUUGUGACAUUCUUAUGUUCGCCUUCGCCAUUUUAAAGCUUUUGUGAAAAGUGAUCAAAAACUUAAGAGGUGGCAAUGGCAGGAACACUGGUCGCCCUGGGGCUCAGGGCCAUCAAGCACGUCCCCAAAAAUGCUCCACUGCGGUCGGCGGCUGCCAUGAGCAGUUACACACGCACGCUGAUAGGGAAAAGGGAGAUUGUAGGAUUUGGAUUCAAUGGGGAACCAUCCUACAUUGACCGUGCUGACUAUCCCAUGCCUGCCAUCAGGUGGAAGGAGCCCAACGCAGACAUUCAAGCGCUUCGCGAGAAAGAAAAGGGAGACUGGAAAAACCUCUCUGUCGAAGAGAAAAAAGCUUUGUACAGAGCUUCUUUCUGCCAGACUUUUGCCGAGUUUAAAGCACCUACAGGCGAAUGGAAAUCAGUUUUAGGAAUUUCACUGAUGUUCGUGUCUGUAGCCCUCUGGGCGUUCUAUGGUCUUAAGGCAUUUGUUUAUUCUCCUCUGCCAGAUUCAUUCAAGCCAGAAAACAGGGCAGCUCAGCUGCGGCGUUACAUUGAUUUGCACGCCAAUCCUGUCCAAGGUCUUGCUUCCAAAUGGGACUAUGAAAAGGAUGACUGGAAGAAGUAAAAUUAUUUUUUUUGUUGAUUUUCUGUAAGGGGAACUUUUAUCAUGACAGCCGAUAAAAGUUUCUUUUAUAACAAAUAAAAAAGAAAAAUAGUAAAACUAUCCAAAAUAGCAUAUUAUUUUAUACCUUGUAUCAUUUGUGAUUUACCAUCAGCUGCUAAGGAGUUGAUUGUGUUAAUGAUGUAAACAUGGGUUAAGUAUUAAUUCUAUAAAUUAUUUGUUUUAGAA